CUUCUUUCCUCUUUGAGGGCCCUGGCCCUUCAGGGAGAGCCUGGGCCAACGCUGGUAUCCCGGCCUCGGUCUCCGCUGGUCGCCGCCAGCCUGCGGCCCGGCCUCUGGUGGAGGCGCGCCCGGGUCUUCGUUUCGGGCCCGGCGGGUCAACGCCUGGCGUCACGGCUGCUUUGGAGAUCGCCCGGUCCGCAUCCGCCGACGUUUCCACUGCUGAGCAGAGCCGCCCCUGAGACUUGCGACGGGGUGUCCUGCCGGCGCCCGUAGCUGGCGUCUGAGGUUAGGAGACCUUCAGAUCCUUGUGCACAAAGAGCAGGAUGAAGUUAAAGGAAAUAGAUCGUACAGCCAUGCAGGCAUGGAGCCCUGCCCAGAAUCAUCCCAUUUACCUAGCUACAGGAACAUCUGCUCAACAAUUGGAUGCAACAUUUAGUACCAGUGCUUCUCUUGAGAUAUUUGAAUUAGACCUUUCUGAUCCGUCCUUGGAUAUGAAAUCUUGUGCCACUUUCUCCUCUUCUCACAGGUACCACAAGUUGAUUUGGGGGCCUCAUAAGAUGGAUUCCAAAGGAGAUGUCUCUGGAGUUCUGAUUGCAGGUGGUGAAAAUGGAAAUAUUAUUCUUUAUGAUCCUUCUAAAAUUAUAGCUGGUGAUAAGGAAGUUGUGAUUGCCCAGAAUGACAAACAUACUGGCCCAGUGAGAGCCUUGGAUGUGAACAUUUUCCAGACUAAUCUGGUGGCCUCUGGUGCUAAUGAAUCUGAAAUCUACAUUUGGGAUUUAAACAAUUUUGCAACUCCAAUGACACCAGGAGCCAAAACGCAGCCCCCAGAAGAUAUCAGCUGCAUUGCAUGGAACAGACAAGUUCAGCAUAUUUUGGCAUCAGCCAAUCCCAGUGGCCGGGCCACUGUGUGGGAUCUUAGAAAAAACGAACCCAUCAUCAAAGUCAGUGAUCAUAGUAACAGGAUGCAUUGCUCUGGGUUGGCGUGGCAUCCUGAUGUUGCUACUCAGAUGGUCCUUGCCUCUGAGGAUGACAGGUUACCAGUGAUCCAGAUGUGGGAUCUUCGCUUUGCCUCCUCUCCACUCCGUGUCCUGGAAAACCAUGCCAGGGGGAUUUUGGCAAUUGCUUGGAGCAUGGCGGAUCCUGAAUUGUUGCUGAGCUGUGGAAAAGAUGCUAAGAUUCUCUGUUCCAACCCAAACACAGGAGAGGUGUUAUAUGAACUUCCCACCAACACACAGUGGUGCUUUGAUAUUCAGUGGUGUCCCAGAAAUCCUGCUGUCUUAUCAGCUGCUUCCUUCGAUGGGCGUAUCAGUGUUUAUUCUAUCAUGGGAGGGAGUGCAGAUGGUUUAAGGCAGAAACAAGUUGACAAGCUUUCAUCGUCUUUUGGGAAUCUUGAUCCAUUUGGCACAGGACAGCCCCUUCCCCCGUUACAAAUUCCUCAGCAGACUGCUCAGCAUCGUAUAGUGUUGCCUCUGAAGAAGCCACCCAAGUGGGUCCGAAGACCUGUUGGGGCUUCCUUUUCAUUUGGAGGCAAACUGGUUACCUUUGCGAGUGUCAGAACACAGCCUCAGCAGGGAGCUGAGCAGCAGCUGCAGCAGCACCACGUGCGCAUCAGUCAGGUCGUGACAGAAGAGGAAUUCCUUAGCCGGUCAGCCCAACUUCAGCAGGUCGUGCAGUCACAAGGAUUUGUCAGUUAUUGUCAGAAGAAGAUUGAUGCUUCUCAGACUGAGUUUGAGAAAAAUGUGUGGUCCUUUUUGAAGGUAAACUUUGAGGAUGAUUCUCGUGGAAAAUACCUUGAACUUCUAGGAUAUAGAAAAGAAGACCUAGGAAAGAAGAUUGCUUCGGCUUUGAACAAAGUGGAUGGACCUGAUGUGGCUCUUAAAGACUCUGACCAAGUAGCACAGAGUGAUGGGGAGGAGAGCCCUGCUGCUGAAGAGCAGCUCUUGGGAGAGCGCAUUAAAGAGGAAAAACAAGAAUCUGAAUUUCUACCAUCAGCUGGAGGAACAUUUAACAUCUCCAUCAGUGGGGAUAUUGAUGGUUUAAUUACGCAGGCUUUGCUGACGGGUAACUUUGAGAGUGCUGUUGACCUUUGUUUACAUGAUAACCGCAUGGCUGAUGCCAUUAUAUUGGCCAUAGCAGGUGGACAAGAACUCUUGGCUCAAACCCAGAAAAAGUACUUUGCAAAAUCCCAAAGCAAAAUCACCAGGCUAAUUACUGCAGUAGUGAUGAAGAACUGGAAAGAGAUUGUCGAGUCUUGUGAUCUUAAAAAUUGGAGAGAGGCUUUAGCUGCAGUAUUGACUUAUGCUAAACCAGAUGAAUUUUCUGCCCUUUGUGAUCUUUUGGGAACCAGGCUUGAAAGUGAAGGUGAUAGCCUCCUGCAGACUCAGGCAUGUCUCUGCUAUAUUUGUGCAGGGAAUGUAGAGAAACUAGUUGCAUGUUGGACUAAAGCUCAAGAUGGAAGCAAUCCUUUAUCCCUUCAGGAUCUGAUUGAGAAAGUUGUCAUCCUGCGAAAAGCUGUACAACUCACCCAAGCCAUGGACACUAAUACUGUAGGAGUUCUUUUGGCUGAGAAGAUGAGUCAGUAUGCCAAUUUGUUGGCAGCCCAGGGCAGUAUUGCUGCAGCCCUGGCUUUUCUUCCUGAUAACACCAACCAGCCAAAUAUUGUGCAGCUUCGUGACAGACUUUGUAGAGCACAAGGAAAUCCAGCACCAGGACAACAGGAGUCACCUAAAAUUCCUUAUGAGAGGCAGCAGCUGCCCAAGGGCAGGCCUGGACCAGUUGCUGGCCACACACAGAUGCCAAGAGUUUCAGCUCAACAAUAUUAUCCCCAUGGAGAAAAUCCUCCACCUCCAGGCUUCAUAAUGCAUGGGAAUGUUAAUCCAAAUGUUGCCACAGCUCAGCUUCCCACAUCUCCCGGUCAUAUGCACACCCAGGUACCACCUUAUCCACAGCCACAGCCUUAUCAACCAGCCCAGCAGUAUUCCUUCGGAACAGGGGGGUCAGCAGUGUAUCGACCUCAGCAACCUGUUGCUCCUUCUGCUUCAAACGCUUACCCUAACACCCCGUACAUAUCUUCUGCUUCUUCCUAUUCUGGGCAGUCUCAACUAUACACAGCACAGCACCAGGCCUCUCCACCUACCUCCAGCUCCACUGCCUCUUUCCCUCCUCCUCCUUCCUCUGGAGCAUCCUUCCAGCAUGGCGGACCAGGAGCUCCACCGUCAUCUUCAGCUUAUGCGCUGGCUCCUGGAGCAACAGGUACACUGCCUGCUGCCGGCGAGCUGCCUGCAUCCCAGAGAACAGAAAAUCAGUCUAUGCAAGACCAGGCAUCUAUUUUGGAAGGUUCUCAGAAUGGUUGGAAUGAUCCUCCAGCUUUGAACAGAGUACCCAAGAAGAAGAAGAUGCCUGAGAACUUUACGCCUCCUGUUCCCAUCACAUCACCAAUCAUGAACCCCUUGGGUGACCACCAGUCACAGAUGCUGCAGCAACAACCUUCAGCUCCAGUACCACUUUCAAGCCAAGCUUCAUUCCCACAGCCACACCUUCCAGGUGGCCAGCCCUUCCAUGGCAUACAGCAACCCCUCAGUCAACCAGGCAUGCCUCCGUCUUUUUCAAAGCCCAAUAUUGAAGGUGCCCCUGGAGCUCCUAUUGGAAAUACCAUGCAGCAUGUGCAGUCUUUGCCAACAGAAAAAAUUACCAAGAAACCUAUUCCAGAUGAACACCUCAUUCUAAAGACCACAUUUGAGGAUCUUAUUCAGCGCUGCCUCUCUUCAGCCACAGAUCCUCAAACCAAGAGGAAGCUAGAUGAUGCCAGCAAACGUUUGGAGUUUCUAUAUGAUAAACUUAGGGAACAGACACUUUCACCAACAAUCAUCAAUGGUUUACACAACAUCGCAAGGAGCAUUGAGACUCGAAACUACUCAGAAGGAUUGACCAUCCAUACCCACAUAGUUAGCACCAGCAACUUCAGUGAGACCUCUGCUUUUAUGCCUGUUCUCAAAGUUGUUCUCACCCAGGCCAAUAAGCUGGGUGUCUAAAGGAUGGCUUCACUCUCAGCCACUAUUGCCAUUUUUCCAAAGAAACAUGUUUUAAAAAGUGAUAAGAUGUGGACCAGUCCUCAUUAGCAUGUUUCCAUAGCAGCCAGUCAAGAGCAUUUACAUUGUUUCUGCAGAUAUACUCACCUUAGACCUGCUCAAAGCCCUGGUGCUUUCUUUUGUUUUAAUCUUUUAUUGCCUGUGAUGAUUUUCCUAUUCUGCAAAUAAUGUAUUUCCUGGAUUACACAUAGUAUGCUUUCCUGAAGUAUUCUGAUAAAAUACGGUUUUUGAAACCUCAGGUUUACUUUUUGGAAAAGGAGCCUUUGGUUAUGUGUAAAGCAGAGCUGAAACUAAAUUUCUUUCACGUCCUCCCUACUUCCUCCAUGUCAAUCAGAUUAAAGUGUGUAAUCCUAUUUA